CCCGAGAGGCCCUCAUGGGAGCCCUGACGCGAGCACUAGAUCGAAGCUGGUAUCGCUGAUUCACACUGCAGGAAAACGCGGGUAGGAAAUUCAUCCCUCAUUGAAGCCACGACACGACGCUCAGCGCCUCUGUGGCCAUUCCUUCUCCUCCUGCUUUACUCAGCCUUGACUAUUCCCUCAUAUUACUCGCAUUCGGUGUUUUACUUUUUACACAAAACCCUCUUCUGCGCAGACCUCCUGCGCGCCGCUCCUUCUAAUAUCCUCUCUCUCCCACCAUGAUAGAGUCAUAGCAUUCAUUCUUCGCCUUGAGUCUAGAAGAAAAUGGCGAAACCGCUGCCGACGCGCGCAGAUCUCAUUGACUAUAACUAUGCUGUCGCAGGCCAUGAUGGCACACUUUGCGAUGUCGACGGAGAGCUCUUCAUCAAGCCUUGUACCCCGGCCGAGAUCGCCUUCUACGAGUCCUCUGUAGCAUCGCAUCCAGACUUUGCCGAUUUCAUGCCCACGUUCCUGGGCACCCUCACUCUAGACGAGCAGACGAACGGGUCAAUAGAAGACGCUGGCGCCGCCUUGCUAGCACAGCAUAAUGGGACUACGGUUGAAGAAGCAAGUGCUGCUAUAUUAGCAAAUGGCACAGCUAGAGGAGGCUUCCCGGUUGCCAAACAUACAGUUCCAGAAGUGGUUGUACCUGUCAAGACCGGCAAGAGAAUAGUCACCAACUUAGCAGUCGUUCUCGAGAACGCCGCACACGGAUUCAUAAAACCGAAUAUACUAGACGUAAAGCUAGGCAUCAGAUUAUGGGCCGACGACGCCCCAGAAGAAAAGCGCAUACGUUUCGAUAAAGUCACAGAAGAGACCACACACAAAGACCUUGGAUUCAGAGUAGCAGGCAUGAGAGUCUGGCAAGGUCCCAAUGCUACAGGUCCAGAAAUAGAUGAGGAAGGAUACAAAGUAUUCAACAAAGAUUACGGGCGUUUCUCUCUGAAUAAGCAUAAUGUCCACGAAGCGUUUGAGAACUUCCUCUUUUCGGAAUUGGCUGGCAUCGAUGAGGAACUGGGGAAGUUGGUCGCGCAAGCAUUCCUCGCAGACCUGGACAAGAUCGAGAAAGUCUUGGCGGGUCAGGAGAGCCGUAUGUACUCGGCUAGUCUCCUAUUCGUAUUCGAGGGCGACGGUCCCGCGCUGAGAAAUGCCAUGGAGGAAGCUAGUCGAUCGCCUUCCACGCUUGUCAAUGGCGAUGAGGAGAAUUCCGAAGAAGAAGAUGAUGAGGAUGAAACGGCAGGUCCAAAGAUCUAUACAGUGAAAGUCAUAGAUUUCGCACAUGCAGAAUGGGUUCCUGGCAAGGGACCGGAUACUAGCGCAAUAUUGGGCGUUAGGAGCGUUUCCAAGAUAUUGGAGAAUCUUGCUGGGAUUUGAGGGUUCGUGGCAUGGUACAGGAGUUUCCAGGAGAAUUGGGAUCUACUUUAUAGUGCAAUGGCUAUUUCAGGAAUACCCACAAGAGAAGCAUAGAAAAUACAGUCUCUGCUUUGCAUAUACUUCCCGUCAACUGA